AUGGUGGAUUGGUUGGAGUACUUCAUCUUUCCUGAGUCGGUGAUCAUUCACGAGCCAGUAGAUCGAUGGCCCCUUUGCGACUGCCUGAUCUCUUUCCAUUCAACUGAUUUCCCUUUGCAUAAGGCUAUUGAGUAUGUCAAGCUUCGGAAGCCGUAUGUUAUCAAUGAUCUCAAGAGGCAAUACGAUUUGUUAGAUCGUCGAAAGGUAUUUCGCACGUUGGCAAAGGAAGGCAUUGAACAUCCUCGUCAUGGUGUUCUGAUACGAAGCGAUUCAAAUGAGGAAGACGGGAUACUGGUGGAACACAAUGAUCACAUCGAAGUAAACGGCAUGGUGUUCAACAAGCCAUUUGUCGAGAAACCCGUUUCAGCUGAAGACCAUAACAUCUACAUCUACUACCCGAGCUCAGUCGGGGGAGGGUCGCAGCGAUUAUUCCGCAAGAUUAAUAAUCGAAGUAGUUGGUAUUCGCCAGUUAGUGAAGUGAGAAAAGAUGGCUCGUAUAUCUAUGAGGACUUCAUACCAGCAGAUGGGACGGAUGUGAAGGUCUAUGCCGUCGGUCCCUACUAUGCACAUGCUGAGGCACGAAAAGCGCCUGGUCUUGAUGGAAAAGUUGAGCGAGAUGCAGAUGGUAAAGAAGUACGGUACCCGGUAAUACUCAGCCACAAGGAAAAGAUGAUUGCACGACGAGUAGUACUGGCAUUUGGCCAAACUGUAUGCGGUUUCGAUUUAUUACGGGCAAAUGGGAAAUCAUAUGUUUGUGAUGUCAAUGGUUUCUCAUUCGUAAAAACAUCAACCAAAUAUUAUGAGGAUACUGCAAAAAUCCUUGGUAAUACAAUAAUGCGUCGAUUGGCGUCGACGAUGAGCGUUAGAAUACCGUAUCAGUUACCGGUUGGUGAACAAGAAGCUCCCCCAUUGCUGGAUCUCGGUCUCGGAGAUGAUCCUCCGAUCGUAUCGACACCCUCGGGAAAACUUAUGGAGUUGAGAUGCGUGCUAGCUGUGAUCCGUCAUGGUGAUCGUACUCCAAAGCAGAAAAUGAAGGUCAUCGUGCAUGACGAGCGAUUUUUUGCGCUCUUCAAAAAAUAUGAUGGGUUUAAGAAGAAUGAAAUCAAAAUGAAACGUCCAAAUCAGCUCAUGGAGGUCUUGGAGUUAGCCCGAGAGAUCCUUGCUGAGCACAUCGCACUGCGCAACUCGUUGUUAAUGUCGUUGGAAGCUUGCGAAGACUCUGGCGAAGAAAGCCAACGCGUCGAGCAUGAAUUAGAAGAAGUUGAGGAUGCGAUCAAACGCUGGGAUCAGAUGCGAGCAGUACUAGAAAUGUAUGGCCAUUUCUCGGGUAUAAAUCGGAAAGUGCAGCUGAAAUAUCUGAAGGCUCGUGAAUUCCGAUCGGGUGAAAAUGAAGAGGCACAACAACAGGGACCAGCUCUCUUGCUCAUACUCAAAUGGGGUGGCGAGUUGACAACAGCCGGUAACCUGCAAGCUGAAGCAUUAGGCAAAUUGUUUCGAACGCUUUAUCCGGGAAUUCGUAGAGCAGAUGGCAAAAGUUCGCCAGAGGAUACACAGGGCCUUGGGUUUCUCCGACUCCAUUCAACAUACCGUCAUGAUCUCAAAAUUUACGCUUCUGACGAAGGUCGAGUUCAAAUGACAGCGGCUGCUUUCGCAAAGGGCAUGCUUGCGCUGGAAGGCGAACUGACACCGAUUCUCAUGCAAAUGGUGAAGUCAGCCAACACCGAUGGCUUACUCGACGAUGAUUGUCAUGCAAGAGAUUUCCAGUCCGAGUUGAAAGGAUAUCUUCAUCAAGCGUUACAAGUUGAUCGAGACUGGACGCCGGAAGACUACCAAGCGUUAAAUCCGGAUGGUCUGAAGUCGAUAAAUAAUGCGAUGGAGUUCAUUAAGAAUCCAAAGAAGAUGUGUCAUGAAAUUGCCGGCUAUGUGCAGCGAAUGUGCGAUAUCAUCAAUCACAACAAGUAUACUAAGCCGCAUCGAACCCUCUACUUGAAUGAGACUUGGGAUCUUGCGGAACGACGGUGGGGAAAAGAGUUGCGGGAGUUCAGACGUGAGAAUAAAGGUGGCGACGUUGAAUAUGACAUCUCAAAAAUUCCGGACAUCUACGAUAAUAUAAAGUAUGAUAUGGAACACAAUCCGGACCUUUGUGUUAAUAAUGAAGGAGAAUUCGAAAGGAUGUACGUAUGUGUGAAGAAUAUGGCAGAUAUUGUUGUGCCACAGGAAUACGGUAUCCGUAAGGAGAACAAGAUUUGUGUUGCUCAACGCGUCUGUACACCGUUACUGAAGAAGAUCAGGAAUGACUUGCACCGAUGCAUCGAAUGCUCUGAAGAAGACGAAAGUCAAACGAGACUCGAUCCAAGAGCUUCUCAGGGUAUUGCCACUCCACUUCGUCAUGUACGUACCCGGUUGUAUUUCACCAGCGAAAGUCAUAUCCAUACUUUGAUGAACCUCAUUCGGUAUGGAGGACUUUGUUCGGUUGAUGACAAAAAAUGGCAGCGUGCUAUGAACUUCCUCUCUGGCGUUACUGAGUUCAACUAUAUGACGCAGGUGGUUCUCAUGGUAUACGAAGACAGUCGAACCGAUAGCAAUGCAACGGGUAUGGAACGGUUCCAUAUUGAGCUUUUAUUCUCACCAGGGCUAUACCCAUGUUUCCUUACCGAGAAAGAGCGGAUCUACGAAAAUCGAUUGAAGUGGGAUUUGUCUACUUGCACUUCUUUCUUCUACUUGUUCAAAUCGAACGGGAUGACAAAGAGUCAUUCACGUGAGGGUAAUUGUAACGGGUCAGUCUCACCUGCUUCCGCGGAAGGUGCCAAAACAACAUCAAUCCAUAUCAAAAAAGCUACGCAUCAGAGAGGAAGUUCUUUUAGACCGACGUUCAACUUGUUGCCCCUAUUUUACUGCUAUACAUUUCAGGAGAAUAAGGAGGAGGCUCAGCCGAUAUUCAUUAAUGUGCCAUCGGUGCCGGCGGAUGAUGUGUCUGUGUCGAGUGCGAAUGACGAUCAGAAAGCGGCCGAAACCACCGGAUACUUGAUUGAGGUCUCUGUCGGAGACGAUGAGUGCCAAGCUACUGUGGGUCAUGGUCGAGGCAAAUGGGCUAAUGAACUUGUGGAUGAGACCAGAAAAGCUAUGAACAGCAUCACAGAAGUUGAAGAAAAGCAGAUGGAACGUAGGGAUAGCGGAUGUAAGUCUAACCCUUCUCUUAUCAUUGACAGAGGUUAUGAGUGA